AUCUGCACCUUGAACACCAUCAAACUACAUUUAAUUCAUAAUACAAGCUUGUUAUUACUUCCAUCUUUGACCAAACAGAUGGAUACGUCCUACAAGUUCCCCGGCUCGCCCGGGACACCACUCCACCAAGUCUCUCCCGAGCGCGUCAACCAGCAACGCCCAAUAUCAAUGUUUGAGCCCGAUUCAGAGUCCGCCGGCAUACGCUUUUCUGAAGUGAAGGGCCACUCGCAUUCGAGAGAUAGCUCGGUGCAUGACAAGAUAUCACAGUUCAAUACCUUGGCAUUUCAAGGGAAGCAGUUGGAGCGCAAAACGAAUGAUGCGGCGCUCAAGCGUGCAAUGUUGGGGCGGGAGGAGGCUGAGAGCGAGAUGAGGAGAUAUAGAGACGAGACAAGAUCCCUAAGGAGGCAUAUUGAGGAGGGAAAGGAGAGAGAACGCAAGGUAGGAGAGAGGUUGGAGACUGUCAUGGAGAAUUACGGACGAGCGAAAGAGACCCACGCGCAUACACAAACAUUAUGGGAGAAGGAGAUCCGGCGUGCUAGGAAGGAAUCGUUUAAGUCACAGUCCGUCAUGGUCAAGCUACAGGAAGAGCUCAAGUCGUCUCGCAACCUCAUGAAGGCUGCGCAAGCGGAUUACGAGCAGGAGAAAGAGCGCAGCACGAGGAGAGAGCAAGAGGCUUUCGCGGCGAGAUACCAGCUUGUCGGCGUCCAAGAAGAACUCUCCCAAAUGCAGGAGAAGGUUAAGCUCGUGGAGCAAGAACGGGAUGCCUUGAGGACGAUUGCAAAGAACGAGGAGAUUGCUAGAAUUGCUGCCGAGGGACGAAUCCCAUUGCCCAAGUCAUUCGAAGGCGAUGAGUUUGCUUCACCGAAGAAGCAGAGGAAGUCUCUGGACCCUAUUACGAUUACAUCGUCGGCUGCCAGUGAGGAGGAGCUCGAGGAGAUCCGGAUGCAAUUGGAAUGGGAGCAACAGAGGGCAGAACGGGCGCAUGAUCGGGUUGAGUUCUUGGAGAUGGAGUGCCGUCUCAACUGCUGCGCAUCAAGAAAAGAGCGAAAUACGGAGCGCAUGCCUGCGCCGAGCCAGAAAUCCAGACCGAGCACAGUAUUCAUAGCCGCCGAAGGAGUCUUCAGAACCGUCUCUCCACCACCAGAGGAGUCCCCUUGGAUCUCACCUGCAAAGAAGACAAUCCCAGUCUUGGAGCAGCCUGAGCCUCAGCCAACACAGUUAAGCUACGCCAGAACACCUUCGUGCGAGCCCCCUGGACCAUCCAUGAUCUCAGACGGCAACACCUCUUUACUCUCCCUAUUUGAUGCACCCCAAGGCCCAGCCCACAGCACAGAAGAAGAGCCAGAGAGCCCAGGCCCAACCAUUAAAGAAGAACCAGAGGAAUACGAUGAAUCAAACCACACAGUCAUUCAGACAAUUACAACAACAACCCGCAUCCCCCUCGCCUCCCCCGUAGACGUCACUCCCCAAACAGUCCUACCGGCAAUAUCCUCGAACCCGGCCCUGAGCCCGACCAUGUCCCGCGAAGAAGCAUUAGCACAGAUCCGCGAGCGCAGAGGCCGAGCAAGAAGCCUAGCACAGGGAACACUGACGCCGAGGAAGCAGAUGGUUGAGGGAGGAGUUCGUCGAGAUAUCAGUGCACCUGCUAUUCGGAGUGGUAACACCCGCGGCAGGAGUCAGGCCAGAGCAUGA